GCUCUUCAGACAUACCAGACCGAUCCUGCCAUGAGAAAGAUGCUAACUCACCUGUAUUUCUAUAUCAUGCCGGUAUUUAAUGUGGAUGGAUAUCAUUUUAGCUGGACAAAUGAUCGAUUUUGGAGAAAAACAAGAUCAAAGAGUACAAGGUUUUGGUGCCAUGGUGUUGAUGCUAAUCGCAACUGGAAAGUGAAAUGGUGUGAUGAAGGUGCUUCAUAUCACCCGUGUGAUGACACCUACUGUGGUCCCUUUCCUGAGUCUGAGCCUGAAGUAAAGGCUGUCGCUCAUUUUCUCCGCAAACAUCGGAAACAAAUAAAAGCCUAUUUGUCCUUCCAUGCAUAUGCACAGAUGCUGCUCUACCCUUACUCUUACAAAUAUGCAACUAUUCCAAACUUCAGCUGUGUGGAAUCAGCAGCCUAUAAUGCUGUUAACGCUCUUCAGUCAGCCUAUGGUAUCAGAUACAGAUAUGGUCCUGCAUCUAGCACUUUGUAUGUGAGUUCUGGUAGCUCUAUGGACUGGGCCUACAAAAAUGGCAUCCCCUACGCAUUUGCAUUUGAGUUGCGUGACACAGGCCAUUUUGGAUUUUUACUUCCUGAGACGCUGAUCAAACCAACCUGCACAGAGACGAUGCUUGCAGUUAAAAAUAUAACUCUUCAUCUGCUGAAGAAAUGUCAUUGAGAGCUAUUUCUAGGAGCUGGAAGUGAGCAUUUUACUCCCAGCGCUGAUGCCUUUCAGUGUGUUCCCUUGCUAUUCUGAGCUUGGCCACAUCAAAAUUAUGGAAGCUAAUGGGAAAUAAAACAUUGUUUCUACCAGAUUUACUUGGUGGGAAAUGGAAAAAA